ACCAUCUUGGUUUCUGUCGCUGUUCCUGUUACCUUGGUGAUCGCAAAGCAUAGUGGGAUAUAUUCUGACCUUUGACAUCAAGAUGGCGGCGCCCAUUGGAAAUUUGGCGUUUCGGGUAUCUGCAUUGUUGGCAGGACGAAGUAUUGCACAAAGGCUAGCACACACAACAACCAAGACUGCUGAAAAUCAUCUCAGGUACUUUCCUAAGCAGGCAGCACUGACCACAGCAACAGUUUUCCAGCCAGCUCUGUGCUACAGUUCUGGCACAUCUCAGUUGGUUGAGACAACAGAUGAACCAGACGUCCUGUACAAGAAGAUAGUUCUGCUGUGUAAAGGCCAUGAAGAAGCAGUUCUGGAUAGUUAUGAACAAUUUGUCAGCAUGGCUGCAAAACAACUUGGGCUCAAUUUAGAAAAAAUUCACAGACCACGCAGAACCUAUGACAGAAUUACAAUGCUGAGGUCAAUUCAUGUCCACAAGAAAGCCAAAGUGCAGUAUGAAAUAAGGACACAUUACAGGGUUUUCCAUUUCAAACAUCUGACAGGGAGCACCAGCAAUGUGUUUCUGGAGUAUGUACAACGGAAUCUGCCAGAGGGUGUGGCAAUGGAAGUUAAAAAGACUGCGAUUGAGAAACUGCCAGAUAACCUUAAGCCACCAGAGACACAGUCAGAAACAGCUCCAGUGGAAGCACCUCAGUAGUCAUCAGUCAAGAAUUGUGCUUUGAGCAUAAAUUGUGUGUUUAACAUGUAUACAAUAUAUGCCAAUGAUUACAGUUCAACUGUUUGAACUUGUAAAUAGUAUGCCCUGCCCCUUCAUACCCCACGUGGUAGAGUUCCUACUGUUGUUACCCGUAUCUGUUUAACAAUCCUGAGAAACAAGCAUGUACAUCUUUGAUAAACUGCAUAUGUGAUUGACAAGAAUAAAAUCAGAAGU